AUGAGCAGUGACAAUGAAAUGCAGAUUGAUUGUUCUUCUGAAACCAUGCAUGUAGAGCCCCCUGUGCACAAUAAAGAUCACCUCAGCACCAAUAGUACAAAUAUAGAAGUGGAUAACAAUUUUAUCCCAAUCCAAUUAGAUUCAUCUCAAUCUCAGAUGAUUUCCUUAUGGGCAAAUAAAACAAAAGAAGAAGCUAAAACCAGACCUUUAUCUCUUUCAACUAUAAACAAUAAUAUUAGAGAUGUUAACCUAAAAGCUAAACAAGUAAAGCUAAUUGAAUUGUACUGA